CUAAAAAACGCCGCCUCUCUUCUCUUCUUCCUUUUCUCUUCUCUUUUUUUUUUCCCGUUCCUUCCUCUUCCUCUCUCCUGUCUGUAUUUUUCCCUUAGACUCUCUCCGUUCCGUCCUCCUCUGCCGCCACAUUUUCUCCCUCUCCGACACCCAGCAUUCUUUUUUUCCUUUUUUUCCCCCGUUCCUUUCUCUUCCUCUCUCCUCUCUCUAUUUUUUUCCCCUCAGACUCUCUCCGUUUCCUCCUCCGCCGCCGUCGCCACAUCAUCUCCCUCUCCGACACCCAGUAUCACAAGUGCCUCAUCUCCCACCAGACGUCUGCAUAUAUUUCGUCUCUAGGGUUUCCUUAAAUUUCCUCCGCUGCCGCCGCUUUCUCUUCUCGUCUUCUUUCUUCGCCUCACCUUGCUCUCAGAAGCUCCGUCUCCUCUACCUUGAUCACCGUGGAAUAUAUAUUUUGUCUUGCUACGUUAGAUUUGCUCUGUAUUCAUGUUUUUCUCCUCCUCUGUAUUCAUGUUUUUCUCCUCCGUGGAAAACUUGUUUGAUGCUAAUGGUUCUUGUGUUUUGUUGUGCAAGCAUUUUUUUCAUUGCUUUUAGGAGACUGGUUUGUGAUUUCUUUGGUAGUUGGGAUUUGGACUCUACGGAAUCCGCAGUAGAAGUUUCUGAACUGAAAAAGGAAAGCUAAUCUCAGGGAGAUAGACAGAAGAGAAGGUACGACGGCGUCCAAGAUGCAGAGUAUCGCGGUUCUUCAGACCGAGAAUAACCUCGCAACCGGAGCUUUGUGGAAAUUAUGGCUCCUGUUUUCUCGCGGGAUGCUUGGCGAUGUGUUUGGCAUAUGAUUCAAAAUGAUUUGGUGCAUGGUUGGGGAUUGGAUUUUGCGCUAAGGAGAUGUGUGGAGCCUGCACAUGAGAAAAUUGAUGUGGUUGACUCUCAGUGGAUAGUUCAUCAAGUUAUUCCUUCUCUGGGAAGUCAGGGUCAAUCUGAAAAUGGAAAAGCUCCUUGGCAAGGGGUAAGAGAGAGGUGCAAAAGUGAGUGGGCGCAGUUUCAAGAUCGCCUAGCCAAUGCAGAUAAGAAAUAUAUUGAACAGCUUGGGAGAACGAGGUAUUUGAACAACAGAAAGUUUUGUAUCCUUUUAAGUUUUCUUGCAUUUGGCUCUGAUUGGAAAAGAAAUAUAGAGACAUUGGAGAAAAAUAGUGUAACCAGUCUGAGGACAUUGAUCAAUCUUGGUUCUGAAGUGUACAUGCAAGCUGAUGUCAUCUCUGGCCUCCAAAGACGAAAAUUCGCUGAGAAGAUAAGAGCAACAGCCAUGAUGAAAGGAUUAUUUUACUACCAUUACUUCCUUACAAGGACUAAGGACAAUUCAUGAGGUCCUAGAAUUCGAUCAUGAAAUCUCAGAAUCAGUUCUCCAUCGUAUUGUCUCAUCUAUGAAUCCAUUCCUAAAACAUGACUGGAGUACAUUCAAUUGCUUCUAUCAAUUUUAUCUAUCAAAGUACAAGUACAAGCUGGAUCUGCCAGAAUUUGCGAAUCUAAGGCUAAAUGAAGAUAGUACGCCGACUAUAACUCUUACAAAUGGUCAUAAAUAUUAUCAUGUUGGUAUGACCAGUAGAUGUUUUGAUCAAAACUGGAACCGUUUUGUUAUUGAUCAUGAUCUAAACAAUGGCCAGAUAUUGCUUUUUAUUCCACAAUCCAAGACUCCCUUUGCUGUGCUGGUAUUUGACCGCAAAGGAAUAGAGAAGUUGUUUCCAUGGCAGUUUGCAUUUUCCAUUUGAUGGCACAUCUGAUUUACGCUGAUUCUGCUUCAACGCAAUGCACGGCAUUUGUUGUAUUUAUGUUCUUAAUGGAAAAAAGUUCUGGUUAGAAAAAUGCUUCCAAAGCACUGCAAA